GGUCCCGGAGCUUUUGGCAGCCUUUGCACAAUGUAAUUUCUUCAGCUCUUUCUUGGUAUCACCUUUUUCAUGCUGCUGUCUGCAGUGUGUGUCAUGCUGAACUUGGCCGGCUCCAUCCUCUCCUGCCAGAACGCUCAGCUGGUGAAGUCUCUGGAAGGCUGUCAGCUGAUUAAAUUCGACAGUGACGGUGUCUGUGUUUGCUGUGAAAUGCAGCACCAAACAUCAGGCUGCAGUAACUUGGGAGAAACCCUGAAGCUGAACCCUCUGCAGGAGUGCAAUGCAGUGAGGCUGACCCUAAAGGACCUGUUGUUCAGUGUGUGCGCUCUCAAUAUCAUCUCCACCAUUGUCUGUGCUUUGGCAACAGCAAUGUGUUGCAUGCAGAUGGUUUCUUCUGAUCUUCUGCAAAUGUUUCCCUCUUACAGCCUUUUUCACUUUAAUUUCUGUGCCUUCCAGCAGGAUGAUAUCACACAGUUUCUGCCACAGAGGCCGCAUUCUACCAACCCUGACUGCAUGACUCCACACGGGACUGUCCUGCAUCAAACCUUGGAUUUUGAUGAGUUCAUACCACCAAUCCCACCUCCACCCUACUACCCCCCAGAAUACACCUGCACACCAGUGGUAGAGGCACAGAGAGGUCUCCACUUGGACUUUCCUCAUUCCCCGUUCGGUGCUUUGUAUGAAGUAACCAUUAAUAGCCCGGGAAUGCUGUAUCCAAGUGAGCUGCCCCCUCCUUAUGAGGCAGUGAUGGGAGAGAUGCCUGCCAGUCAGGUCUCUGGUACCACCCAGCAAGUGUCUGACUCAGCCCUGGGGGAGAGGAACGUGACCCCGGACUUCAGCACACAAGUUUCUGUUGAGAGCACCUCUCUGAUGGUCUCUGAGGCCGCUGAUAUCCCCGACCGCAGCUACUCCUCUGAAGAUCUUUGUUCGCUGGAAGUUCAAGGAUCUCUCCACUCUGCAGAUCUUUCUCCCUACUGUAUAACCCCCAAAGGGGCUGCAGAGCAGAGCUGCAGCCCCCUGGAUUACCACACUCACUGCAGGUUCCACAGAACUCGCUCAGAGGGUUUUCCUGAGGAUGACAGUUCCCACAGCCGAGCCUCCACUGACAGGGCUCACGGACAGGAAAAGAACUGUGCCCACGGCAGGCCCUUGGACUGUUCCUCAGGGAAUUACAGCCCCUCAGAAAGAGAACUGCAGAGUUCUGCUCGAGAGAGCAAUGCCACGGCACCUUUGAAGCAAAAGAAAACCUGCUGUGUGGACUUCAGCCAGCCUGUCCCUUUGCAGACCUCUCCCUGUUUUGGGCCUGCAAAUACUUCAUCACACACAAGUGGCCCUGAGACUGCUGUGCAGCAGCACAUUAGAAAACACCCAAUUUCAAACAUAGUCCGAUCAAACAGUGCCCCCGUGUCAUGGUCGUCUGUGACAGAAGGUGAUAAUUGUGCCUGGACUCCUGUAUGCAGCCAGUGCCAAGAUGCAGGAUUAUCUCCAGCUACAGUAGAAACAGUUGCUGUUUCUGGUUCUCAUAUGGCUGCCUCUGCCUGUCAGCAUUCUUUGAGCAGUUUCCUACCAACUGGAAAACAGAGGGAUACACGGAAAAUUGACCUGCACCUAAAGCCAAAGGCUUUUCACACAGUCUCAAAAGAGCGGCCACACUCCUUAGUGGACCUAAAGGCCUAUAAAGACACAAAAAUUUUAGUGGCAAAAUUUUUGGAACAUUCAAACUGUAAUCUCCCUCCAGAAGUGCGUCACGUAGUGAACAGCAUCCGCUCAGUAAUUAAAUCUGAUGAGAGACACAUGGAAGAAGCCAUCUUCAGUGCCAAUAUUAUAGACCAGGUCAUUACGAGUUCCCAGCAGAACGUGAAAACCUCCAGAAAGCGACUUCGGGAAGAUCUUCACCUCCAGAGCUGUGGGGCUCUGAGCUCCCCAGUUGCCUUCUUACGUAGGUCCCACAUCUCCCGAGGUUUGGAGCGGGACAGGCCCCACAGUUUAAUUGGAGUUUGCCGGGAGACCAUCCUUUGAUAACGUUCCCAGGUACGUGAUUCCAGCAGAGAGAAUUGUGGAAGAAACCAGGACUGGGAGAAAUACAAGUAGUGGAUGACUUAAAAAGGAAAAAGUGUCUUCCCUUGGAAUUCCACUUCUUUCCAACAGCAGGAUGAGAACACCUGUUUUUCUGAAUGUAAAUCUCAGCCUUGAUUUUUGCAAAAUUUUAACUGAUUUAUUAGUUAAGUCAUAACGAGUGUUUUCCCAACUGGAAAUGCGUUUAUGUCACUGUACUUACAGAAAUGCUACUGAUGCUGCCCAGCAUUUCUUGAAAACCAUUGCAAACCCACCAGAGACUGGCUGUACAACUUUAAAGUUGUAUUUAUUUAAUGUACCUCAAAGUGUUUUAACUAUUGUCAGUGUUUUAAUAAAAAGUAUUUCUGGACUUUGCUUUUUCAACAACUGAUUUGGAUAGAAAUGUAAAGGGGAUCCACACACACAUAACAGUGCUGCUUCUAAUCCAUUUUCUCAGUGUCCUUCAUUCCAGACUAACUGAUCUGUCUGAUUAAAACUCCUCCCCCUCCCCAGUGUUGCCCUCUGAACCUACAGGAAUGGCUGCAGUGUGGUUUAUUUUUGCUUUGUUCUGAAUGGUCAUGACUUUAUUCCAGCAGUAGCAUCUGGUACUGAGAAAUGAGGCUUAAUUACUCUGCAGUGUGUGGCCAAAAGAUGCAUUAGGGAAGAAGACUUUGAAAUUCUGCAUUUCCAAAAAGCACCUUUCGCAAACUUUUUACCAACACCAAUAGCAAGUUAGAUGAAUUUUUAUCUAGCAGAGCCUUGAACGUUUUUUCAAAAAGAAUUUUUACUCCAAUUAGUAGUUUUUGACAAUUUUAUUACUAAAACAUGUCCUUAUGGUUCCGCUGUGUUUAUGAUUUAUUUAACAUUGAUCUUAAAAAAAAUAUCAGAAAGUAAAUAUCAUCCACACUAAUUUGAUUACCAGCAUAAACACAGGUCUGCCAGCAACGUCUUCCAGUGCAAGCUUCAUCCUGGCUCUCAGAGGAAAUUGGAAAGGCCUUAAACAAAAGGUUCUCAUAAAGAACCUACCCCAGGUUGGUGUUUCGGGGGGUUAAUUGUUUUGCAGCAGUGCUUGGCAGGAGCGUUACUUUCCAUUUGAGGUUUAAUCAUAUACUGGUUUCAUUUGUGUCACUCUGAGCUGGGCAGACAUCCUGUGAAAAGGUCACAAAGGAAUGUAGCUGAAGAUGGGUAGUUUAAGUCUUACAGAAUCAUCCAUUUUAAUGUAUUUUAAUUAUAGCAUGCUCCUGUAUUGAUGUGAAGUUACAGUGACAUCCAGUGGCAACAAGGUUUGCUAAUUAAAAGCAUCUACUCUCAAGAUAGUAAUGAGAUACAAAUUCCUAAUUCAAGAGAUUAAUUCCCUUUUAAAAAUUAACCUGUGACCUUUGCAACUGCACUUAGAUGAAGAAUUAAAUGAUCUUCCACUUGGAUUUUUUUACUAUGUAAACUUACACAACAAACAAAAUAAGCAAGCUUCCUUUCUUAGUUCAGAUUUAUUAGUGAUAGGUUAAUUCUUUCCUAAGGUCAGUUGCAUGCAACACACUACUCCUUGAAGUACAGUCAUCUAAAGCUCUUUAGUUACUGCAUGGUAAGGCUUCUUAAGUCACAGUGUAUUUUCUUCAAGGCCUUGGCCAAAAGAAAAAAGUAUUAGACAAAGUUACACCAAUUAACAUUUAUCUCAUAAGGAAUACAACUUUACUACUAGGUUUGUUAUCUACACACAUUCUAAUACUGCUGAUGGUGCUAGGUUAUUUGUCAAAACAAUUUACAUUCAGAACACAUUGCCUUAGGAAUAAGAAUGCUUUAUAAAAGACAGAAACAGGUAAGCAUGGCUUUCCCAUUUUGAGCUAAUAUGAACAAAAAAGUAAUAUGCAAAAAUUAAAGGAAAAAAAACCCCAGCCCAACACAUACAGUACACAACCUGUGCAAUAAGUUAUCCAUGAAAUAACUCUGUUAAAUCAUAAAAAUCACAAGCAUUAAAAAUAAAUAUGUAUCUAAAUAAAUAUUUUGAUUUUAA